AUGCGCCAUAACCACACUCGCACCUCCAGCCGUCUGGCCGACGUCGCCAGCAGGGCCAGCGACGAGGAAGGCGCGAGGACGGCCGUCAAAGUCGGUAUGUGCCGCCAUACAAUGCACCGCCCCAACUCCAACUCCCUCUUCUCCUCCAACAUGUCCUUACCUUACUGACCGUCGCGCUGCAGCUGUUCGGGUCCGACCGCCUCUGAAACCCACUGACCCUGGAUUCGACCUCAUACCACAGCGUUUCCGCGAGAGCACCUGCGAAGUCACACCACCCACGAACCUCUGCGUACAGUCACCCCAGGGCAGGAAGCUGUUUGUCUUCGACCGCGUCUUCGAUGAGGAUACCACGCAGGAGGGGGUUUGGGAGUAUGUCAGCGACGGUGUAUCGUCGUUCGUCAAGGGGUACAAUGUUUCCAUCCUCGCAUACGGCCAGUCCGGCGCCGGCAAGUCGUAUACGAUGGGAACUUCCGGCCCGGAGGAUCAGAACGACCAGGACGUGAGGGGUAUCGUGCCCAGAGCCGCACAUGCACUCUUCGAGAAGCUCAAUGGGACCACAUCGAAGCCGAGCGGUCUUCAGACUCCCAAGCGGUAUUCCACUCAAGCCCUACCGACCCUGGCCGCGAUGAAACAAGUCGCAGAUGCGGGAGCCAAGAAUUGGGAACUGAGGGCGACGUAUGUGGAGAUAUACAACGAGCAAUUGCGCGAUCUGCUCGUACCGGAGAACACGCCACUCCAGGAUCGCGCCCAGGUCGCGAUCCGAGAAGACACAAGGGGCCGCAUCAUGCUCACCGGUCUCACGCAGGUUCCAAUUAACUCUCCGGAGGAUUUGCUCAACGCGCUGAAUUUUGGAUCCGCCAUUCGACAGACAGAUGCCACUGCGAUCAACGCUCGCUCCUCACGCUCUCACGCUGUGUUCAGCUUGAACCUCGUUCAAAAGAAGUCAGACCAAGCUUCUGCACCCAUACCGCAACUCGAGAAGCGCCGAUCGACGCCCGUAGAGCAUAUGGUUGGGGCAGAGGGCGUUGUCACGAUCGACAGCAAGUUGCACUUUGUGGACUUGGCCGGUAGUGAGCGUUUGAAGAACACCGGCGCCACUGGAGACAGAGCCAAAGAGGGCAUCUCCAUCAAUGCGGGUCUUGCAAGUCUUGGAAAGGUCAUUUCACAACUCUCGUCGAAACACAGCGGCGCUCACAUCUCGUACCGCGACUCUCGAUUGACACGACUGUUGCAGGAUUCGUUAGGCGGGAGUGCGAUUACGUACAUGGUUGCAUGUGUUACGCCGGCCGUAUUCCAUCUCAGCGAGACCCUGAACACCGUACAUUACGCUCAACGAGCGCGUGCGAUCCAGAGUAAGCCGGAGAUUCAACAGAGCCAUGAAGAGGGCGAUAAGCAGGCGGCAAUAGAUAGGCUGCGUGCUGAAGUGAGCUUCUUGAGAUCCCAGAUCCGCCACUCGGAGCAGACCGGGGAUAGGAAUACAGACAGCGGUGAUCGAUCCGACCGACUUCGCGGCAAGGAGAGAGAACUCCAAUCCCAACUCAUGGACAUGCAAGAGAACUACAACGCACUCAGUCAACGACACGCCAAGCUUAUCUCAGAGAUCUCCCGAAGUAGAGACAACGAAGAUGCCGAGACGCCUCUCCUGAACGAAGCCAUCGGCGACAACGCCAGCGAGCGAAUCAAGCGAUCGAAUUCGUUUGCGGAAGCCGUCGAGCAGGUCGUUCUUGAGUACGAGAAGACGAUCCAGAGUUUGGAAGGGUCUCUAUCCAAGACUCGAGCAAAUCUGGCCAACACCGAGAGCACCCUCAUGGAGAAGGAGACGCGCAUUGCGUACAUGGACACCAUCCAGCAGCAGCUGCAAGCCAGAAUAUCGAAGUACCUAGAGCGCGAAGCAAACAAUGACUCAUACACAAGGGACCUCGAGAGCAAGAUGGAGGGCGCAACCUCAGAGGAGGAGAAGAAAGAGACCUUGAUCACUGAAUUGCGCAAGGAGCUUGCGCGUGUCCGCGAGAGCGAGGCAGGGGCUGAAGACUAUAUCUCGACCCUUGAAGAACGCCUUGCCGAAGCCGAGCAAGAUUCAGAAAUCAUGCAACGAGAAAUCGAUCGCCUGGAACACGUCGUCGAACGCCAACGCAGUAUCGGUAGGCUCGACAAUCUGCUCGGCGAGUUGGAUGUGGCUCGCGGUAUCGAUUCCCAGACGAAUGGACGACAUUCUUCUGACAUGGCUUCGCGUAUGAACGGUCAUGUCGAGGACGACGAUGAUUAUGACCCUUUCCGUGCGUCUUCAAGACCGACUUCCGUACCUGAGGUCAACUUCAGUCAGCCGGAGCGCUUUCCACCAGGACCGGCCGAGGAUAGAACGCUGCCAGAUGGAGAUGCUGGGCGCAGUCCUGCUCAGAACGACUUCGUGGCGGAGAAGCUGGAGAGCCUGACCCAGGAAUUCUUCGAUCUCCGUUCGGAGCAUGAGACGGUUGUCACCAACUAUGAGAAUCUAGAGCAGAAGUAUCGCACUGCGCUUGAGACGCUCGCCAGGCUGGAGUACGGAAAGAGCAAGCCACCAGGGACUCCGGAGGAGAGUACUCGUGGCUCUUUUUUAGCAGAAGCGGGGAUGAAGGACGAGGAACAGGCUACUGGUGGACAGCCUUCAUCCUCGCGGUUGUUGUCGGAGGAGCAGUCCUCGCGGGAGCCACAGAAUACUGGCGAAGGACCGGAAAAGGAGCCGAGCAGCACGGACAUUGAGCGUCCGGCGGUUCUUGACCAUCUUGCCGUGCAGAACGUUGCCGUGCAGAACGAAAAUAGUCGCUCGGUGGUCUCUUCGCCAGUCGAACACGAAGAGAUGGUGCAGGAGAUGGAGACUCUCCGCAAGCUGCACGCGGAGAAGGAAGUCUCAGUCACUGAACUGACCAAGAACUACAUGAGUCUUGCGCAGCGCCACGAGGCAACUCUUACCCAAGUUGAGGAGUUGAAACAGGAGGUGCAGAAAUCUCAGAGGGCCCAGUCUCCGACCUUCCAGUCCUCCCCGGGUUUCUCCAAAAGUAGCUGGCGAAGGAGGUCUGACGAUUUGCUUGGCGGCAGCUCUGAUCGCGCCUCUCGCUCAUUCGUGUCGAUGAAGACAAUGGUGCUGAGCAACUUCGGGGAUCAGGCAGAUGUGCGGCAAAACUUCGAGCAGCAUCUGACUACCGUCAUGGCUGAGCUGCACAACCGAUCCGAACGUAUGACUGCGCUGGAGUCGGAAUUGACAACGAUCAAGAAGGAGAUGGAGAACAAGCAGCAGAUCAUCACCGGUCUCACCCGCGAACGCACCAGCUUAGCAGCAGCCCAGGCCUCAGGAGCGGACUUCUCCGUCGUUGGCCAGAUGCGUGAUCAACUUAUGGAGAGUGAGAACCAGAUCCGCAUUCUACACGAGCAAAACAUCGCUCGUGAGAAAGAGCUCCAGUCGGAAGUUGACAGCCUCAAGGCAUCUCUUGCAGAGCACCAGAAGAAUCUCUCGCACGAAAACAAUCGGCUGCCAACUCCAGCUGAGGACCUGGCCUUUUCAGAAAUUCCCGGCCAAUUCCCGCAAACUCCUGCGCUUGAAACCGCAUCCGACAAGCAGCUUGCAGAACCUCAGGCCGAUGCAGGCGCAGCUCGCGCUUCUCGUAUGGUGCAGAUGGGCGAGAUCAAUCGACUCCAAAGCGAAGUUACGGCUUGGGAGAAUAAGCACCGAGAUGCCAUGGAUAGCAUGACUGCCACACAAGCGGAGCUCAUGAAUACCAUUACCGACCUUCAGCAGGAGCUGCACAAGGCAGAAAAGGGCGGUCUUUCUUCGAGGGCCGUUCCAGAAGCCGCGGACAGCCAGCAGCUCGUCGAGCAUGAGAUCGUCGAGCUGGAGCGCCAGAAGCAUAGAGAUAUUGUCAUGUCGCUUGAAGGCCAGAUCAAUGAGCACAAGAAAAUUGCUGACGAGCGGGUGUCAAGGCUGGAGCAACUGCAGCAGGCAUAUGCUAAUAUGCUUCAACAAGUCGAUGACGACUCCGAAUCUCGACAACUCGCCGAGAAAGAGCUCGCCACGCAUAAGGAUCUCGUCUCAAACCUCGAGAAUCAACUGCAAGUCCACAAAUCGGCGAUCACAAUCCAUCAGGAGAGCUUGGAAUCGCUCCAAUCGUCGCAUACUAAGGAGAUUGAGGAUCUGACGGACUCGAUGAACCGGCUUGAGAAGGAGUUAAACAAUCGGUAUGCUGCGGUCCAGGAACAGCAUGAAAAGGACAUUGCAGAUCUUUCUGAGGAGUUGAACCUCGCGCGGAAUGAGAUGAGCAACCUGUUGCGCAAUGCUGCGGCCGCUCUCGGCUACGAGACCGACUCUCGGAACUUGCAAUCUCAAAUCCAAGGCCUCGUUGAGGAAGGGAAGGAAUUGCACGCUCGUCAUCUGAAGACCACUAAUGAGCUCAAAGCUGUGCAGGAGGAACUUCAAUCUGCAAUCAACCGCUCAGUGGAAAUGGACAGCCAGAUCACGGAGCUGAACGCCAUAGACGAGGAGAAGAGCACUGCCUUGGCCAAGAUGACCGAGAAAUACAACAAGAGCGCAGCACUUGUCGACCAGCUUGAAGAGCAGCUUAACAACAACUUCGACUCGUACCAUGCCACGAACAAACGCAUGUCCAGCAUGCAGUCGGAGCAGGUGCAGGCUCGCAUUGAGCUGGAGCAGGAGCUAGAGGAGCAGCGAGUGAAGUACACGCAUCUUCAGGUGAGCUCAAGCCGCGUUCUUUGUUUGAAUCGACACUGACUCCUUACAGCAACAGCUCGACCAGUACAAGCACAUGUCUGUCACCUCCAAUGGCUCGUCGCACUUCAAUCGCGACUCUCUCUCGCCAGACACCGCUGCCCAACAGCUCGUACGAUCUGGUUCCGGCUCUGGUCAAGCUAGUCAGCGAAAGUCUGGCCCUACGGCUCUGCCCACGCCACCGCCCUCAAUACCUCUCCCUCCCCUACCAGCUUCGCCCAUCUUCGGCGGCUUCUCGGGCAACUCCUUGGAUCGCAAUGCAUCCCCAGACCCGCGCGGUACUUCUCCCGUGCCUGGAGGCUCACCUCCUCAAUCUCGUCAUGCCUCCCAUGAAGUCAGCCCGAACCCGGCUGCGGUGCAGCUUAUUGAAGAACAAGAGGCGCGCAUCCGUACUAUCGAGAAGCACCUCUUUGCUGAGAAGCAGCUUACUGCCACACUGGAAGAGGCACUCGUCGAUCUCGAGACAUCGGCCAACCGCACCAAGUCGGAGAUGGAGAACUGGCGCAAGAAGUGCCAGGGUCUUGAAGACGAGCUCGUCAGUUUGCGCAAAGAGCGCAGCAGCUCUCGGGCCAGCUUGCAGGCAGUCGAAGAAGAGCGUGAGAUGAGAGUGCGCGCUGAGCGAGCACGUCAAGCGCUUGAGCAGCGCAUGGCAGAGCUGAAUGCCAAUAAGAAAAAGAAGAAGGGCGGGCUGAAUUGCUUCUAG